AUGGCGUUAACAGCCGCUGAUGCAAAACAUCGCGUACGAGUUUCAUCAUUCAUUUCCAUGGACACAGAAGAAUUGAUCGAGAAUACCACCGAACAAGAUCUAGAAAGCAUAAAGGGUUUUCUGCGGAAUUCGGUACACGAGUGUUCCCAGAGGGGCUUAUAUUUUGCCGCUAAAUGCUCUCAUCCGUCCUAUUCCGUCACAGAUGAAGAAGAACAAGACAAAUAUCUGCUGGCGAAAACAUAUUUCGAUGUCAAAGAGUUCGACAGAGCUGCUUAUGUCUUGAACGGCUGUGUGGGCGUCAAGCAGAGGUUUCUGAGAGUUUAUGCAAAGUAUUUAGCUGGAGAAAAACGGAAAGAGGAGGACAAUCAUGAUAUCAUGAGUCCGCUUGAUGAUCCAAAGGCGGUUAACAAGGAACUGCUUGAACUUAUUGAUGAACUUGAAACCUGGUACAACAAUGGAGAAAUGGAUGGCUUUCUACUGUACAUCUAUGGUGUAAUUCUCCGUCAACGCUGUGCACAAUCAAAAGCGACAGAAAUUCUCUUAAAAUCAAUUAAUGCGUACCCAUACAACUGGAGUGCGUGGGUUGAGCUUGUGGGAACAUUUGCUAAUCAGAGUGCGAAUGGGAUAAGCCGUAACAUAGCCUGUAUAAUUCCCAACUUACACUUUUACCCUUUAUACUUGACUCACAAGGCAAAACACAUAAGCAGCCAUCUCCCCCAGUCGUUCAUGACCAAAUUUUUCCAAUUGUAUUGCGCCGUGGAAUUGCACGAUAAUGCCAAGAAUUUUAAUCAGAUGACUGAAGAAGUGCCCAAAGUGUUUGAAAAUAAUAACUUUGUUAAGACGCAGAAAGCUAUCUAUGCCUAUCAUAAUCAAAAUUACGCAGAAGCAGAACAAGAAUUUGACUCUCUCAUCGAAUCAGAUCCAUAUAGGCUGGAUGAUAUGGAUAUAUUCUCAAACGUAUUAUAUGUCAUGGAGAAGAAGGCUAAAUUAAGUUAUUUAGCACAUAUGAGUUCUGCUACAGAUAAAUAUCGAUCGGAAACCAUGUGUAUUGUUGGAAACUACUACAGCUUAAAAUUCGAACGCGAGAAGGCAAUCUCUUACUUCAAACGUGCCCUCCAGGUGAACCGUAACUGCUUGACCGCAUGGACAUUGAUGGGACAUGAAUACGUUGAACUGAAAAAUACCCAUGCUGCUGUCGUUGCCUAUAAGCGGGCUCUUGAGGUUAACCCUCGUGACUAUCGUGCAUGGUUUGGAUUGGGACAGACAUAUGAAUGCUUACAGAUGCCGUUUUAUGCAAUGUAUUAUUAUCAACGCGCUGUCGUCCUACGGCCAUCCGAUGCACGAAUGUGGGGUGCUCUAGCAGCUCUAUACGCAAAGCAAUCUCUCCAAGUGGAAGCAAUAAAAUGUUAUCAACGUGUGCUAGGCUGUACCGACAAUGACAUAGAAUCGUCUACGGCAGCAAUUAUAAAGUUGGCGCGAUUGUAUGAGUCAUUGAAUCGGGAUAAGGCAGCUAGCUACUUUGAAAUGGUGUUACAGCAGAAGGCCCGACAACUAGCUACGGUCGAUGAGGAUGAAGCCGAACAUGCGCAUAUAUUCUUGGCAUAUUACAAACGAGACAAGGGCGAUAUAGCGGCGGCGACUUUACAUGCUCAAGAAAUGAUGGAAUAUGGUGACGCGGCAAAGGAAGAAGCAAGAAAACUAAUGAGCGAAUUGAACACACGACAAAAUGCUCUCCCAUUUAGUUAA